AUGACUAAAUGUGACAUCUGUAACAAAGGGAUAACCACAAAGGUAUCCGGACUGGAAUGCAGAUCCUGUGGCAAGGUGGUUCAUGCUAGUAAAGCUUGCUCUGGUCUCAACGCGAAGCAACUAUCUGCGCUUCGUAAUGCGGACAGACUAGACUGGACAUGCGAAGAGUGCCAUCAGAAUACACCUAACAGAAAGUCAUCCUUCAUUAUUCCAGAAGAAGACGAUGAAGACAAUGAUGUCGCGGUCUCUGACAAUAACUCCGGCAAUUGUAUGAUAGACACAGAGAAGUUUCUAAAAGAUAUAACAGCAGAAAUGAAAAAAGUUUUAAAGAAAGAACUUCAACCAAUUGAAGCAUCAGUGAGCUUCUGUUGCACAAAAAUUGAUGAUCUUUCCAAAAUUGUGAAAGCUCAAAACAAACAUAUCCAGGAAUUAGAAAAGAAGUACAACUACCUUCAUAACGAAAAAACCCAUCUUGAGCUUGAAAUGAGCUCACUGAAACAAUAUCUACGUAAUAUUGAACAACAGCGUUUAGACAAUGUGAUAGAAGUGAUAGGUAUUCCUAAAGCUAAAGACGAAAACCUUGUAAAUAUAUCUCUCAAACUAGCUGAGACACUCAACAUGGACAGGACGGAAGUAGUGAAUAUUACACGUGUAGAAAGCGAAAUAACCAAGAUGGAAACAUCCAGGUGCAGUUCAAGCAUGCAGAAAAUGUAA